AUGAAGAUAGCUGUGACUGAUAUGAUAAGGAGUGGUCAACAGCUGUCUGAUAACUGCAUGGUUCACGACAAGGGUCAUGCCAGUGUGUCAGGACAGAAUGCUGUAGGCAGAUGCUGUAGACCAGAUCCUCAAAACUGGGUUAAAAGCAGCCUUCUAGAAAGAAAAGAAAAGGAAAAGGAAAAGAAAAAGGGAAAAAGAAAAAGAAGAAAAAGAAAAAGAAAAAGAAGAAAAAAAGAAAAAGAAAAAGAAAAAGAAAAAGAAAAAGAAAAAGAAAAAGAAAAAGAAAAAGAAAAAGAAAAAGAAAGUAAAAGGGAAAGGGAAAGGGAAAAUGGAAAAAGAAAAGGAAAAAGAAAAGAAAAACAAAAAGAAGAAAAAGAAAAAGAAAAAAGGAAAAAGAAAAAGAAAAAGAAAAAGAAAGAAAAAGAAAAAGAAAAAGAAAAAGAAAAAGAAAAAGAAAAAGAAAAAGAAAAAGAAAGAAAAAGAAAAAGAAAAAGAAAAGGAAAAAGAAAAAAAGAAAAAGAAAAAGAAAGAAAAAGAAAGAAAGAAAGAAAGAAAAAAAGAAAGAAAGAAAGAAAAGAAAAAAAGAAAAAGAAAAAGAAAAAGAAAAAGAAAAAGAAAAAGAAAAAGAAAAAGAAAAAGAAAAAGAAAAAGAAAAAGAAAAAGAAAAAGAAAGAAAAAGAAAAAGAAAAAGAAAAAGAAGAAGAAAAAGAAGAAGAAAAAGAAGAAGAAAAAGAAAAAGAAGAAGAAAACAAGUGGUUCCAUCAUACCAUGGGGCAGUGAUUGCUGGGACACGAGCAGAGUUGGACAUUCAAGGUGCAGGAGGUGAUGAAAACUUCUCUGUCUGACUUUGCCCACCCUCGGAGACCCAUCUUAGGCCACAUAGGACAGAGAUCUGAGUGAAAUUCCCCUAAUCCCAGGCAAAGGCCUUAGUGGUUUGGGGCUGAAGUCACCUGGGAGUUUUGAAAACAAGAUGGAUCCUGCCUCCAAGAGGAUCAGUAACUUCAACAAUGAAAGGGGAAAUUUCUAUUUAUUUACAUGAACAAACAAGAGCAUUUCUGAUUUUAUUGCCUCUCUGCCUUUGCACAGAACCAUGGCACAGGCUGUGCAGAAGUCAUCCCUCCCUGUGCUCUUCUGAGUCCUGCACCCUGUUGCCCCCAAGGGGAUUUCUUCUUGGACUUGCCCAGCAUUUGGUGCACCACAACAUGAGGGGCUUGUUCAAACUGCUCCUCCUUUGCUGCUGUCGAGCUCCUGACAACAGCUUUGCAGUUUGGAUUAAAAACUGCUCCUGGUUGUUGGUAUUUCCCCAUUAGUGACAAAUAAUGACAAACAGGAAGUUCAAGAGCUGGAGAUGAAGAAGGGAAGGGAACAUUGCUUUUAACUCUGGGAUGCUCCUCAGCCCUGGAAGGCCCAUCAAGCUCUAGGUCUUCCUCCAUGCUUUGUUACCGAGCUGGCUGUGGCAUCUCCAUGCUGGUGGUGGAGAGGUGCUGGGGAACAUGGCUGGAGGUGGGCAUUGCACAGGGCUCUCCCACCCCUUCACCCACAGCUGACCCUUGUGGAAACACUCAAUAUCUAAAAGAAAACACAUCCAUUUCCUUGCAAUAAAACAUUUGGAACAGCCCAAGAAAAUAAAAUUAUUUAUUCAUCUAUGAAUUAAUUAAUUGAUUUGUUUGAGUGGGGUGGGCAGUUUCCUUUAUGGAAGACUGUAGGAAAGGCUGAGUUUCAUACCUUGUGGAACAAAUUGAGUUUACAAAAUCCUGAAUCUCUCUGCAAAGCAGCACUUCAUCCCCUGGGGGCUGCAGAAGCCCACGAGGAGGGUGUCUGAGCAGCCAGGCCACAGCCAGGAGAAACAUCCUCUGUCAACACAACACAAGGAGAAAAAAUGGGAAGGAAGGGGAUGGAGAAGCGAUUUUGCAUAACGUUCUCCCUGCUUUGUUUGGAUUGGAAGCCUCUUUCACUAUGGCCCAGCGGACAGCCCUUGGAUCGCUUGGAAAUUGUGCCCAGUUCAUUCUUGUAUAGAGGCGAAGCUGGGACUGUUUGCUGUGGCCGGUGCCAAGGAGCUCGGCAACCUACAGGAAGGAAGGUCUUGUUCUUAAAAAAAAAAAAGCCCCAAACCCCCCUUAAGCUCAGGAGCAAGGAGACAUGGAUCCUAUCCCAAGCCCAGUGCUCGUUCUGGGUGGCCUUGGAUAAGUCACAUUGCUGACUCUGUUCAGCUCUGCCUGAAAAAGCAGGAUGAAGCAUAGCAGGGGGGUAUCGCUCCUUGCUCGCAGCGAUAGCACUGAACACCAGGAGCCACCUGCAAAGCCCCGACAGAAGGGCUUUGUAGCAUUGCUUCAGUUCCCUGCUCUUGUGUCAAAAUCAGACUUCUGGUAUAUCUGCACUGUCCUUGGAGAAGCGUCCCAAGGAGAUGGCAUGGGAUGCUGCCCUGCAGGCUAGCUGUUGUCUCAGGGCAGGCUGCAGGCAGGGAGGGGCUGUGUGCACCAAAAUCAGGAGCCUGGUGGGGACACCAGGCCCCAGAGCCAUGUGGACCAAGCUGAGGGUGCUAUGGGACACUUCAUGUUGUGCCCAGGCACGAAGGCAGGAAGAAUAUGGAUUUCCAUUGCCUCAUCUGAAUUUUCCAGUAUUUGGUGUCACAGAUCGCAUGCUGUGUCAUCUAGAUCACUCACACUGACAAAUAAAAUUAUUGACCUUCUGGGUGCAAUU